AUGAUUGUCACCACAAUGGCAGUUACCGAAUCCAACACUUUAGGGUGUGCCCAAACGUCUUCCAAUGCAAAGCAAGAUUAUGUUUCAAAAAAGCAGGUUGCGCUGAAGCCAAACAUUCGGAAACCAAACAUCCCUACUCGGUCCUAUUCUGAAAUUGACCGACUCUUGGAUGCUUCCGAAGCAGGAGACGAGUCGGGGCAUUCUGAAACCGAAGCCUAUGAUGAGACAAUUGAACCAGUAUCGUCUGCAGAGUUUAUUGUGGACUUGUCCAGGCUAACACCAGAAGAAGUUGCAAGUCUGCUGAAACGCACCAAAGAAGAUGGCGAGAGAAGAAGAGCAGAGAAUGCAAACAACGUUAGGCAAAUGCAAGUCAAGCUAACAAACUUGGAGAGCAAGCUGAAGAAAAAGUUAGCGAUGACCAGCAUGGCACCGUAUACACAAGCAAUGAAGACAGAUAUGCCGCUGCCAACUUAUGUCACGGCGAACCAGAAGCAACUUUGUCGUGCCUUUCACGUGCAUGAAGUCUAUAUGAAUCAAACCAAGAAGAUGCAGAAGAAGAACAAGAAACUGCUGUCGUUCCUAAAGAAACAAAUCAAGUUACUUCAAGAAGAUAGCAAACGAAGGGAAGCCUCACUUCAGGACGAGGUGACAGAAUCUCGAGCAGAAGUCGUCAAGAUGUGCAGAGUACUAGAGAUCAAUCCUGAAGAUUGGAAGAGACCAGGAGAAAACGAGCUGAUGAAAAAGGUCUCAGAAGUAUUGAGUGGGGUCCCAAUGUUGGGUGAAUGGGCCAGGUCAUUUAGUGAAGGUAGCACUAGGUCUCUGAGCCAGUCCUGUAGCCAGGGCUCGAGUUGA